AUGUCGAAAAAAACAUUCUUGCAAUCGUCUGAGUGGUCUACCAUAUCGUCACAAUUAUACCACUCUGAGAGCCCGACCGAGGACUAUCCUUUGCGGAAUUUCGACGAGGUCGAUUCUGCCAGGGACAAUUCCAGCCACGAGAGCCUCCUUGGUCCAGCCGAGCCUGCAUAUGACCGAGAGGAAGCAGGCAUCCUUGUUGCACCUCACGAGCUGUCGGACCAGCCAACGAGUGGUAAUCGGGUCUCAGGGAAACGCCACAACCGGUCCAAGUCCACUUUAGACGCUGUUUUGAAAUGGAUCAAAGGCCCCAAGACUCCUAGAGUCUAUCGCAUCCAGUCUUCCGAAUGGCUCCAGAACGCUUGCGACCGGCUCCUUCACAGGGUCCUGCCCACUAAAAGACUUAGAUUGUUCGCCUUACUUAUUCUUUAUAUUAUUUGGAGUGGAAUGUUCCUUUGGGCCCUCCCAAUGUCGGCAAUAUCUAGCAUUGAUUCUGUCGACGGCCAGCCAAUCAGACUAGACUGUACAUCUCGGUUAUGGUUCGUGUCCCCGGGUGUCGUAAACAGACUGCAGAUAACCAACCAGUACUAUAAUUACCGCAGUCUUGUUAUCGGAGGACGACCACGAGAUCUUGGAGACCAUGCUUCUCCCGUGUACCGCGGAGACUCGUAUAUCUGCGCCGCGGCCAUCCAUGCCGGCAUCGCGACUAAUGGCCGAGGAGGCUGUGGAGUGUUGUUGCGCACUGGAGAGCAGUCCAACUUCCCUGGCGUUGAUGUCCACGGCAUCCUCAGCAUCGGGUUCCCAUCCAGCUUCCCACUUUCCUUCACCUUCAACUCCUCUCGUGUGGCGACCCCUGCAGGGUGCAGAGAUCCUCGCUGGACAUUCUUGGGCACGUCGAUCCUAAUCACGUCUCUCUUCUCCGUCUUCGUCACCUCUGCGGUGACUCUGUUCUGGUCAAUUUUCGUCGGAGUCUUCUUCCACGUGGCGCUGAUAUCGGAUUCUCCAUACUUCCAAGACCACGCUGAUGUAGUCUCAAUGGCAAUCAGACGAUUCCUCCCGGCCGCGUUCGUGGGCCACGUCAUUUAUCAAUACUGUGUCCGCCGAACCCUAUCCGGUCUCAAGGCUCCGGUCGAGAGGACUGUUCUCUGGCUUGGGGCCUGCUGGGUCGGAGCGCUGAACAAUCUCACUUUCGACCGUAUACCGAUAUCGCGACUGACUCCACACGACCUGGAGCAACAGCCAGGCGCCAUCCUCGCCCUGUCGUUGAUCACGGCUAUUCUCCUCGUCAUCGCGGCCGGGCAAGCUUGGUGCUUCAGGACCGAGGGCAGGAUGCCUCGGUACUUGCUCUUCUAUGCCAUCGUGGGCGCGUCGUUGGUCGCGCUCCUUUUGGUCCCCGGCAUGAACGUGCGGAUCCAUCACUACAUCCUCGCCCUGAUCUUACUUCCCGGGACGGCUCUCCAGACCCGCCCGAGCCUUCUGUACCAGGGCGUCCUGAUCGGGCUGUUCGUCAACGGCGUCGCGCGCUGGGGCUUCGACAGCCUCCUCCAGACGCCGGCCCAGCUCCUCCAAGAGGGCGGCGCGCUCGGCAGCCUAGUUCCUCGGCAGUCCAGCGCACCUGUCGUCGUUGGGGCGGACACCAUCACCUUCUCUUUCGGAGGAGACCCAGCUAUCUCGUCGUCGUCAUUAUCGACGCUACCACCGUUCGACGGCAUCAGCGUGCUUGUCAAUGACGUGCUGCGCUUCCAGGCUUUGAUGCCCGACGACGAGAUGACGUUCCAGUGGACGAGGCGCGUCGCUGGCGAGCCCGAGUUUUUCCGGUUCGCGUACGUGAAGAGACGUCAGUCGGGGCCUGGCUAUUGGUACGGGGAUUUCACGGUGCCAGCGCUAUGGAUGGGUAACGGCUCGUGGGCUCGUGGGGCGAGUUAG